GCCAGGUUCAUGCGGUGAAAUGGACAUGGACGAUGGUUCUUUGGCAGCAUCUUCACGAGGCAGUCCCCAGUCGCCCUUAUCACUAAACAUGGCAUCGCUCCCGGGGGUGCCGCGUCACAACAGCCAUCCGUCGACAUCGUCGCAGAAUGCUGCAUCCAACGACGACACCACGUCGCAGGUCCUCAAGGACGUCCGUGGAUUCUACCAAGUGACGAACGAAGACGACUUGCUGCAAUGCAUGGAAGGACUGAAUGCGCUGUUCAAUCGUGCUGUGGAAUUUGAGUCGCCCAUCAAACAACUCAAGCAGAGCCAGCCAUCAUCCCCUGCCGCGCGUCGGCCCAAGACAGCAGCAGCAGCAGGGGCGUUGACCCCACGCAGUGCCAAGCAGAAGGAAUACGAAGACCAAGCCAUUGAGAUACUGAAUGGCCCACCAAGGCAGUUGGAGGACCUGCUUCAGACAUCUGCCAUCCAAGCAGCCAUGAACGCCACAGGGAUCGUCUACGAUGAGCUACAGCCCAAGACGCGAGAUGACUUUACAAAGGAGAAGCACAGAGCUUGGUCCGUGCCUGAAGACGUCGCAUCGUUACGAUUCAAGCAUUAUGACAAAACUCGCAAACACAAUCUGGCGUUGUUGCUGCAAGUUGCAGCCGAAGAACGACCGCAAGUCGACGACCCCAACACGGAAACCGACCACUGCAAGUACUCCAAGGAACUAGCUCACGAACACAAACUUCUCCAAGAAAUGAUCAAAGGGCGGCUCAAGUACGAAAAGAUUCUGGAGAAAGAAGCGGCCAAACUGGCAAGGAAACGAGCGCAGUACUUGGUCUUGGAUCAUGGCGUGCCGUUGCGGCGGCCGGGUGAGUCGGACGCAGUGCACGUUCGGCAGCAAAUGAACGCUGAAAAGGCGGACCAAAACCGAGCCAAAAUGGAACGUGUGCAGCACCAGCGCGAGCUGCUCGAACAGACAAGGCAACAAAAUGCCGACGCAAGGCGGCGAUUUGAAAAGUCUAAACAGGAAAGCUUGACGCGAGAAAAGGCCCAAGUUACAAGGGAAAAGCGGUCGCGGGAGGAAGACCGGCAGAAGAAGCGGCAGCAGGUCCUGCACGAGGCCAAAGCCUCGGACCUGCAACGUCGCGUGGGGAUCCAGUCGACGCUGGAUGACAAGGCAAAAUAUAUUUCAGCAUCGAAUACAUAUAUUAUUUUAUAUAUAUUAUGGAUAUUUUCAUACCAGGAACAAGCAUUGCGGGACAAGAAGGUGGCUAUGCUACGGCACCAGUUGCUGCAAAAAGAAACCAAGCGCCUCGUGAGUCAAGAACGAGAAGCGAAUGUCGCACACAUGAAGAACGUCCAGGCGUUUCAAAAGCAGCUGGCGGCGCGCAAAAUCCAAGCCAACUACCGCCGCAUCGACAACCUCAAGGAGGUGAAGCAAGCGAUUGUCGACGAGCGCAACCGCAUCCACAAACUCGCGGGCAUUCGAUACAGCCAUUGCAAGGACCUGAGCGAUGAAAUUCGGCUUACUCCGGGACCCGGCGAGUACAAUCCGCCGCCGUUGACCAAACGGGCGACUGGCGGUAUGUGGAGCCCGCUGCCGAAAGGACCGACGAACCAGCUCCAUGCCACUCCGGGACCGGGGGCGUAUGACCACUCGCGUGACCAGGCCACGUCAGGGACGACGUUUGCCAAGAGCCGACUUCUGAAUUCGCUGCAGUCGCAGCUGGGCCCGUACGUUCCUCGGAUGAUAGUACUACUAUUAGUACUACUAACUUCUAUAUCUCUCCAGGGGGCCAGGGCAGUACAUAAGUGCCGUGAAAUGCUCGACAUUCAACCCGCACAAAGGUCCGCUGUUUCCGAGUUCGAACGUCGCGUCGCCGUUUGAGAUGGCCUUGCGCCGCGCCGCCGACCUCCCGGCACCGUGCGACUACUCGCCGAGCACGUUUCCGCGCGACAUGGCGGCGUCGACGGUCGAGUUUAAGCGCGCGCUGCACACCAUGACCACGUCAUACCUCCUCGCAAGCAAGUGCAAGACGGACAUCAUGAUCGACGCCGACAUCAACGCCCUGGAACAAUCGCCUGUAGAGGCCCAGGACGAGUAACAACUAAUAGUUAGUAGGAGUAGUUAGUACCCUUCCUCCACCAUACUAACGUAGAUGGCCAGUUUAUGG